AUGGCCUCGCGACGCACGAAUCUGCGACAGUUGCAGAACCCACCGCCUUCUCAAGCACCACCUUCUCAAGCACCACCUUCUCAAGCACCACCUUCUCAAGCACCACCUUCUCAAGCACCACCUUCUCAAGCACCACCUUCUCAAGCACCACCUUCUCAAGCACCACCUUCUCAAGCACCACCUUCUCAAGCACCACCUUCUCAAGCACCACCUUCUCAAGCACCACCUUCUCAAGCACCACCUUCUCAAGCACCACCUUCUCAAGCGACAACAUCGCUAGCUGUGCAAACGAUAGAACCACAUCUUUCUCCGGUGACAACAACACCAACUACUGUGCAAGCGACAGAAGCAACACCUUCUCAAGUGACAACACCAAGAUCAGUGCAAGAGACAGAAACAACACAUUUCCAAGAGACAUCCUCUCACUCUGAAGAUGUGGUAGAAGAUGAGCCAGAAAUUUCUCAAAAAAGGAAUUUUACAUUUUGGGAUGUAGAAGUCAUUAAUGAGGCGGGACAUAUUUCAAAGACACACUUAAGGGUAUCAGACGUGCUUGAAGCUCCUCCUAAUGUUAGCAGAAUAAUAACUAGAUGGAAUUCAAAUGGGCAACCGGUAGGAUCAGCUGCUGGUUUGUUAGGCGGUUUUUUGGGUGAAAUUGCAAGGAAGUUUAAGGAUUUUCCUAUAAUGUACGACAAUUGGAAACUAGUUCCAUCGACAAGAAAAAAUGAAAUUUUUAAGGAUAAAAUACAGUCAAAAUUUGUUGUCGAUGAUAAAGACAACAAAAAAUAUAUCCUUUCAAGCCUUGGAAAGAAAUGGCGAGAUGCACGAUGUAGGUUGUUUAAGAAAUUUUAUAAGUGGGACAUUUCUUUGGAGGAAAAUCUACAAAAUUAUCCACGUUCUAUUAAUCAAGACCAUUGGACUAUUUUUGUCCAAUACAGGCGUAAGACAGAUACAGUGGAGAAGGCUGAUAAAAAUGCUGCAAAUAGAGAAAAGCUAAAGAUCCUUCAUACAUUAGGCUCUAAGACGCUUGCAAGGAAGAGGGAUGAGUUGGUAGGAUUUUUUCAAUCUACUAUUGAUUGCAUACUUAAUUGA